UUUUAUUUCUUAUAUUUAUUGUUGUCAUAGUUAGAUGCAACAAGUUUCACACAUGUACAUUUUUAAGGUGCAGAGCUGAAGGCAGUAAUCAUGAUUUCAGCAGGUUAGCAGGAUAACAAGGGAUUUGGCCCAAUAGCAGACAUCAGAGGCAGAGCAGGUGCAGUUCAGUGAUUUAAUGAAAAAAAAACAUGGACAAAGACUUCAACUUGGUGGGGCAGGCAAGGGUCAUAACCAGGUUUAUGAUCAUCAGUACAAAGCUGUGUUGGAUGGUGUAGAGACAGACAGUUUGAUGGAGAUUAACCCAAGUCAACGCAUUGAGAUCUUCAGAAUGGGAAAUGGGAGUGAGGAGAUACUUGAGGUGCACGACUUCAAAAAUGGAAUCACUGGGAUCCGGUUUGCCGAACAUCAGAGGUGCUACAUCAGGACCCAAACUAGAAAACUACCCGCAGUGGCAGAGGUGGAGGCUGAGGACACAGAGUUACUGCAGGUGGAUGAGACUGAGGCCAUGGAUAUGAAGGUGGAGGACUCCCAAGUGUGGGUUCCUGCCAAGGAGCCCAUCGUUAACCCAGCCUUCCUCUUCGACUCCAAGAUCUGGGAGAUUUGCCAGGAGCUGCCCAUCCACUGGAUCCAUCCCUCCCUUCUGAGUGAUGCUGAGAUGGAAAAUGUGGACACACCUGACGCAGAGGUCACAGGUCAGCGUUUCACACGCGAUGUCCUGGACCACCUUGCCGUAAACGACUAUAGAGAUGUUGGAAUCGAGCUGGAUAACCGUCUGGAUGAAAACGGCUACUGCUGCCAGCACUGUCGCCGUGGUUACCGCUACUGCCGCCGCUACCACGAGCCCCUGGGUGGCUUCAACCCAUGGCCAUACUACUACCAAGGAGGCCGGGUCAUCUGUCAGGUUGUCAUGCCAUGCAACUGGUGGAUCGCCCGUAUGCUGGGGAGGAUCUGAAGAGGUUUAUGUUUAUGUUGCUGCAAAUUCUCCCUUUGAUAAAUAUUCCAGACCACUUGUGAGACGAAAGCAGUCCAUUGCACACAAUUAUUAUCCAAUCUGAAAGUUGGCCCAUUGAGUAUUAGUCAGUCUAAACAGUCUAAAUGGCAUUUGAAGUGUUUUGAUUCUUUCUUAAAAGGCACUGGUCGUUUACAGCUGUCUAAUUUUCUUUGCUCAUCUACCCAUUUAGUAUUCUUGUUAUUUGAUCCUGUUGAAUGGGUGCAAUUUAGUCACCAGAAACUAAUCUGUGCAAAAAAAAUACUUCAGCACUGUCUGUCCUUACUUUGUCAUGCAUUCACUUUUUACUUAAUGGGGUAAACAGACUUGUUCUACUAAUACUGUAAUGUAAACAGUGUGUGUGUAUAUAUAUAUAUAUAUAUAUAUAUAAACAAUCUGAGUGGUGCUUUUAACUAAAUAUAUAUAAUGCAUUUUGUCGCAGUUUUUUAUAAUCACUUUCCUUCACUUGAGAAAGUCAUACAGCACUUCUUGGAUGCACACACACAAAACAUGUUAGAAAUGGUGUACAACUAAAAUAAACUAUGGAAAGAUGCAAUAAAUUCAGUGUUUUUAAUUAAGGCAAAAUUAGGGAAAGAAACACAUGAGCAAAGAUAAUAAUACAAAAAUGCUAGUACAGAAUUAGAAGACGCUUCUGAAAGCUCCAUGUAUUAUAUAGUAACAUGUCUUUUAUCUGUUUGUGGUAUCAUGUUAAACUAAGGAGGUACAGUAUAAUUAAAAAUACACAGACGCCUCA